GCUGCCCGUGUCCCAGCCCCGGCUCCGGGGAAGCGAGUCCGGGCUCUGCUUCUGGCCAGCUCUGGCCUCUCCCUUCCCCCCCAGGCUCCACCGCCCCCUCCUGCCUCCGCAUCUGCCUCCGCCGUGCGCCCCCAUCGCGGUUUUGGGGGGGCUCGGGGGCCUGGGCAGCGGUGCCGGGGAUGGCAGCUCCAUCCUGCGCUUCCUCCCGGCGCAGCAGCCCUGGAGAAGGACGCAGCCACCCUGUCUCCUGUUUCUGAGCAGCUGCUGACUUCUCAGCCCCGCCGGGUCUGGCUGCGCAUGACGGUACCAUGAACUGAGCACCAAGCCACGCAAAACUUUUUUUUUUGUUUUGGCUUUUUUGGGUUUGUUUUCCAUCUGAGAAAAAAGCCCCCCACACUCUUUAAUGAAAGCAUUUUAAAGCGGGGUUACCUCUCCCCUCCCCUGAGCCGAAGUCGUCCCGGGUGCGGCGAGGAUUUCCGGAGAAGAUGGGGAGAAAAAAGAUCCAGAUCCAGCGGAUCACGGAUGAGCGCAAUCGGCAGGUGACCUUCACCAAGCGCAAGUUCGGCUUGAUGAAGAAAGCCUAUGAGCUGAGUGUCCUGUGCGACUGUGAGAUUGCCCUCAUCAUCUUCAACCACUCCAACAAGCUGUUCCAGUAUGCCAGCACCGACAUGGACAAGGUGCUGCUCAAGUACACCGAGUACAACGAGCCCCAUGAGAGCAGGACCAACGCAGACAUCAUCGAGACGUUAAGAAAGAAAGGUUUUAACGGCUGUGACAGCCCAGAGCCCGACGGUGACGACUCCAUAGACCAGAGCCCCUUGAUGGAGGAUAAAUACCGCAAAGGCAGCGAGGAUCUGGACAUCCUGUUCAAGCGAUACGGUGCGCUGAACAAGAAGCACAGGGAGUGCGAGAGCCCGGAAGGGGAUGAAGUGUUUGCGCUGACCCCGCAGACGGAAGAGAAAUAUAAAAAGAUUGAUGAGGAGUUUGAUAAAAUGAUGCAGAGUUACCGGCUCGCAUCCACAGUGCCCGCUCCGAACUUCGCCAUGCCCGUGACGGUGCCGGUGACCAACCAAAACACGCUGCAGUUCAGCAACCCAGGCAGCUCCCUGGUGACCCAGUCCCUGGUGACCUCCUCGCUGACAGACCCCCGGCUCCUGUCGCCACAGCAGCCAGCACUGCAGAGGAACACGGUGUCCCCAGGGCUGCCACAGCGGCCAGCCAGUGCAGGGGCGAUGCUUGGGGGAGACCUGAACAACACGAACGGAGCCUGCCCGAGCCCCGUGGGAAAUGGUUACGUGAGUGCCAGAGCCUCUCCGGGUCUGCUCCCCGUGUCCAACGGCAGCAGCCUGGGCAAGAUCAUCCCGGCCAAGUCGCCGCCGCCGCCCUCGCACGGGACGCAGCUCGCCGCCAACAGCCGCAAGCCAGACCUGCGUGUGAUCACCUCGCAGAGCGGGAAGGGGCUGAUGCACCAUCUGACCGAGGACCACUUGGCUCUGCAAAACACACAGCGGUUGGGUGUCUCUCAAGCAACUCACUCUCUGACCACACCAGUUGUUUCCGUGGCAACUCCGAGCUUGCUGACACAGGGACUGCCCUUCUCAGCCAUGCCCACGGCGUACAACACAGAUUAUCAGCUGACGAGCGCUGAGCUGUCCUCGCUGCCAGCAUUCAGCUCACCUGGAGGGCUGUCCCUUGGCAACAUCUCUGCCUGGCAGCAGCAGCAGCAGCAGCAACAACAGCAGCAGCAGCAACAGCAGCAGCAACAGCAGCAGCAGCAGCAGCAGCAACAACAGCAACAGCAGCAGCAGCCACAGCAGCAGCCGCAGCAGCAGCACCUGGUCCCAGUGUCACUAGGAAACUUAAUACAAGGGAGUCACUUGUCCCACACCACCACUUUGACUGUCAACACCAACCCCAACAUCAGCAUCAAGUCGGAGCCCGUCUCGCCCAACCGGGAGAGGAACACUGCCACCCCGCUCAGCACCUUCCCCCACCAGCCCCGGCACGAGCCCACCGGCCGCUCGCCCGUCGACAGCCUCAGCAGCAACACCAGCUCCUACGAGGGCAGCAGCGAGCGGGACGAUCCCGCCCGCCCCGAUUUCGGCUCAUCCCUGGGGCUCCUGCGGCCCAGCAGCGAGCCCGAGGGGGAGAGCCCCUCGGUGAAGCGCAUGCGGUUGGAUACCUGGGUCACAUAACGGGCCCCGCCGGCCCCGGGAGCUCCAGCAGGGCCGCGGAGAGGGGCUGGGAGGGGCGGGGGGCUGGGGCCAAACGGGUGAUGGGGAUGGGCUGGGGUGGGGGGAAAUUAUCGUAAACUGCCUGAGAAAUAGCUUUAGGAUUUUGUAGGCAUUCAUUCUAGCGCAGCAGGCGAUGCAUGCAGUACAUACGGCGCUCCUCGGCCGCGGGCUCGGGAACGGCCGGGCGUGCGGGAAGGGGGGACAGGGACGGAAUAUCCGUGUCCUCACCAAAAGCAGCAGCCCCUGGCGAUGCUCCCCCGCGGGCGGGCGGGCCGGGCACUCGGUGCCCACCGGCUGGCGAGACCCCUGGGAAGCGGGACCGUAUCCCUAAGGCAGAGCGCCUGCGGCAGGACGGGCUCUGGGGGGACACGGGGCGCAGAGCACCCCCAAAAUGCACCUUCCUGGCCAUUCCCGGCUGUUCCUGGGUCCAUGGACAGGGAGGGGCACUUCAGGCACGACCCAGCUCUCUGGAAGCUCAGAGGGCUUCGGUAGGCACAGGUUUUCCUCCAGAAGGGUUUUCCUACCCCGGUUUUCCUGAACCGGCUGGGAAGGGAGCGGAGGUCGGCUUGGAGAGCCCAGCUUUGAUAUGAAACAGGAUGGAUGCAGCAACAUCCACAGCCUGCUUGAGGCUCCUGCAACCCUGGAAAGCUGCAUCGGGGGAGUAAGAGGCGGAUUUUUAAGGCUUAAUCCCGUUUGCAUGAGAAGUGGAUGCAGACAGCAUCCUUCCUACCAGAGCAGGGAACUUCACUGUUUCUGAGCAGGGUCAUUGGAACACUGGAGUUCCCAUUUCCCAGGAAUGCCUCACCUCCACCUGGGCACAGCAGGGCUGUGGAGAGGGGAUGUGUUAGAGCAAAUUAGGGAUUUUAGCAAACAACAUCCAUAAAAGCAUUUUAGAAAUGCGUUCCCAUUGCACAUGGGAAAGCUUUAAAUCAGGAAAAUGGGAAGAAACGGUUUUUUUUACUGAAAGAUGCAACUGAAGUGAUGAUCCUAAUGAGAUUUUGCCUGAAGGUUUCUAGGCCUCAAAAGGCAAUGGUGAGCUGUGCAGAAAAUCUGCUUGAGACUUGAGCAGUGAUUUAGUGGAAGGAAAAAGGAAAAACUGAGGAAUUUCCAAAAAGGAAUUUCCUCAUGUUGCCACUUGCUCUGGCAGUUUCCCAGGGAUGGGUGUCAGUGCCCUGAUCCCAAAAUGCAUCAGCCUGCUCACAGCUGGAGGGUCUGCAGGAGAAGAGACCGUUCCUGGCUGGUGGAGCCAUUAGGGAUGAGCUUUGUCCCUGCAGGCGCUCUCCUCAGGGAUGCCAGUCCCCUGUCCCCCUCCCAGCCUGCUGCCCUGUCACCCUGUGCAGGGACACCCCAGCCCCACUCACCCCUGGGCUCACGGUCCCAAACUGGCACAAAACCUGCCCGGAUGCCACCUUUGCCAGCCUUUGGCAGCUGGAGCCUGGCCAGCCCUGGGGGGCUGUGGAGGAGCUGGAGCUGCCUGGGGUUCAGCUCUACCCUGAGACAGAGCAAAGGGAGAGGAGCUGAGUCGUGGUAAGCUUUCUUCCCCUCCUGGAUCCCUCUGCCAGGUGUCAGGAGCCAGCUCCACCUUGGAAUGAGGCACAUGGCAUACAAACGUCCCAGGAUGAGGGCAACCCAGAAACAAAUUUAUGGGGUUUUAUAAACUUCUCCCAACCCAGCGUUUAUCACAAAUAGAAAAUUUUCCAUUAUCCUGGAAAAUUUUUCCUAUUAUCCUAAUUGGAAAAACAAGACAAAAAAAGCUGAUGAUUAUUGUGAAAUGAAUAAGGCGGCCUAAAGGGAGUGGUUGGAGGAGGAGAGGAAAUCCUCCAGCAACUGGGUGAAAAUUAGUAGCUGUUUGUGUGUGGAGACCUGGUGAAGGGGUCGGGGUGGUGGAUUCUCAACGGUGCUGCCGUUCUGGGUACCCGCUCCUCACCACCAUCCCUGCUGUGGAUCGAGGCACGAGAGACGUGCCAGAUAAAAUCCCACCCUUCAGACCUGGAAAUACCAAAUUGCUGCCACAGAGGCUUUUCCAAAUGAUGGUUUUAUUCUUUCUCAGUGAUAAAUUCGGAAUUCCCUCUCCUGUUCCCGUGCUCCGCAAAGGCCUUGGGUAGGCGAGGGGUGCUGGAAGGGACCCCGGGCAGGUUUUGUGCAGUUAAACGCCCCCGUCUCCCCGAGCUGGGCCUGGUGGGUGCCGCCGUGUGCCAGGGACACGCUCAGCUCUCACCUCCAGAACGCUGGCUGCGGCAGAAGCGGAUCUCCUUCCCUCCCUCCAUCUCUGGCAGUCCUUUGGGAAGCAGGAGAGAUGCUGCGGACCAUGGUCUUCCUCGCCCACGCCCCGACCCGGCGGUGCCGGAUGUACCGGACGCGCACCCGAGCUCUUUGCACGGCCUUGCUUUGGAAAUUAGGCGGGAUAAUGACGUCUCAUCGCUCUCGUUUUCUAUUUUAUUUUAUUUUGUCUUCACAAAACCGACUCAACCCAAGGAAGCGGGGUGUGCCCCCCGGCAGCGGCGCGGCGGGAGGGCCCAGCAGAGCGCCUUGCUCCAGAGACCCCAGCGAGGACGCGGCGGCCGAGACCCCCCGGCACUCGGUGCCAUCGGUGCAGAGCAACCGUGAGGGGGGGAAAAAAAACCAAAAAAACCAGUUUUGCUCAUUAACUUCAUGCCCUGACUCCCGAAUUCACACUUCUGCCUGGAAGCUGAGAGCCUGGAAAACACAAAAUCCAAGCCAAAAACGCUCUGGGUUCCGUAGACGCGGGUCCAGGUCUGCCCGGGCCAGGCCGUGCCGGAGCGGAUCUGCGGCUGCGGGACUCGGCGAUCCCUGGGCUGGUGCCACGGGCAAGUACGGCUCGUGGGGAGGCGGGGAUGGAUGCCCUGGGUCGGCUUCACAUCGCAGUGAAAGGGGUUUGGGGGCUGUUUGUCGGGGUCUUUAUUUUGUUGGGGGCUUGGGGUUAUUUUAUUAUUAUAUUCUAUUUUUUUUUUUUUUUUUGUCCGGGUCAUUAUCCUUUAUUUCCCCCAGACUGUAGUAUCUGGUAAACUCCUCCUAAUUUUCAAAAGACAACAAGAAGAAUGACAAUCUAAGAAACCAACACCCUCCUUUGUGCUUCUAUAAAUAUGUUUCUGAUCUAAUUUUAUUUCUCGUGCUCAUCUGUACUGUUGACAGUUACAAUUGUGUAUAAUUUUUUUUUUUUUAAUUUGGAAUUUUUGCGUUGUAUAGGGUUUAGUUUUAAAAUAUAUAUAUAUUUUCCAUUUUUUAAAAAGGGGUGUUGCAAAAAAAAAUUGCACGAUUUAAAUGACAAUAGUUAAAAUGCUGCAGUUUUUAGAGAUGUGGAAGCAAAAUGGAGCUUAUUUAUUCUCAAAGGCUAUAAAGGUGUAAAAUGCAUGAAGAAAAAAAAAACAUUUACAAAAAAAAAAAAAAAAGACAAAAAAAGUGUAACCUGAACAAAGUGUAGCGUUAAAAGAUUUUAAAGGAUGACAACAACAAGAAAAAAAGAAAAACAACAAAAAAACAGCUAAUAUAUUGUGUUUGGGCUAGUUUGCUUUCGUUUUUAAUUGUUCCUUUUUUGGAGAAUGAAAUACAUUUGUGUAUAUUUUCAUAUAAGAAGUAUGCACUGAGAUGUUUCCAAACUGAUAUAUUCCUUUCUAAACGUGUGGUUACUUACCAAAGUCUGUUUCUGAUCUUUACCUUCUAAACUCUCUGUGGAUCCUCCAGCCCCAGCCGAGCACAGGUAAGCCGGGCUGGGGGCAGCGGCAUCGCCCCCUCCCCUCCCGCGCGGUGCUGGGGCUGGGGGCUGGGGGCUGGGGGGGCAGAGACCCCCGGCCCGGGAAGGCUGGUCUUUCCCAGGGCUCGGCAGAGCUGGUUUGGGGGUGUUUGUGCCGGGAUGGCCGAGGUUCAGUGCGCAGAGGAGGAGGAGGAUGGAAGGAAGGAGGUCACAGGGGGUGGCUCAGGUGACCCUGCUGCCGGCAGCUGUAGGAGCAAGGAUGGGCUGGGAAGUCACCUGCCCAGCCCUGGAGGAGAUUAGGGAGUGGAGCAGGACCCUAAACAUGUGUGGAACCUUGGGAAGGGCUGGCGAGGCGUGGUGAGGAUGGUGAUGGAUCGAUGAGGAUCAGCUCUGGGGGCUGUGAUAGCUGGGAUCGGGUGGUCAGCAAGGGGACAGGGUGACUCCCUGCUCUGGGGGUUGUUUUGGGGGGUGGCAGAGAGCCUGGCUCUGCUGAACGUUUGGAUGAGGGGUUGGUGUUGGUGGGAGCCUGGCAGGGGGCUGUGCUUGUGUGAGGGGCGCCCGAGCCCCCACAGGGUCUGGUUCUUGCAGGGAGUCUCGGGGUCCCUGGGGUUUGUUGCUGUUGUGUGUUUGAGGCCACUGCCAGGGUUGGGGUCUGAGGGCAAUGGAAGGGUUAAAUCCAGAGCUGGUGGCAGCAGGCCACGUGUGGGCCUGGGGGAAAGCAGGAUGAAGAGGAUGAGUAUGUUUCCUUUUCCGUCCCCCCUUUUCACUUCCCUCUUCCUCUCCAGAAUAAUUUCAGCAAACCAAGGAAAAAACAAAUUUACAAAAACCCCCACCUUUUUCCUUGAAAAUUUCACCUCCUACACUUUUUUCUCCCCUUGUGUUGCUUGGUUGGGGGACUCCCCCCGUCACUUUGGGUGCGGAUUGGGAUGUUUGUCACCAGUUCUGGGGAAAAGGCUGUGAGCUGCUUCUGCCAGCCCGGGGGGGGCUCGGUGCUCUGGGGGUCCCCUCCACCCUCCCAGGGACAGUAUCCCUCAGGUGGGGAAGGAGCAUCUUCACAGCCACUCCUUAGCUCUGCUAUCCCGUGUGCCACAUCCUGCCUCCCAUCCCUCCAGCUGAGGGCACAGUUUGGGGAUGUUUGGGAGAUUUUCACCACCCAAAGUGGUGAAAAUUCAUCCCCAUCCACCUCUCCCCGGUCUGUGGGAGAGUCUGUAACAGUGGGCUUCAGGUGAAGGUUUGCUCUGGUUUCCCUUUCUCACGUUGAUCCUUUUAUUCCACCUUCCUCUCUGACUUCACUUUAUUUUUUUUCCCCCCUCUUUUCCUCCUUCUUCUGUUCUUUUUCCACAAAAAAACCCAACCAGACCCAUAAAUCAAGUAUUAUGUUUUCACUACCUCCAUCCAUCACCCUUCCUUGUCCAGUGCAGGAAGCCACACUCGGGAUGUAAGAGGGCCUUUCCCCCUUUAUUUUUCCCUUUCCCCUGGCGAUUUUAUCUCCCUCCUGUCCCUCUGCCCCUCCUCUCUCUGGUCUCUCACCUGUAGUAUUUUACCUGGCUACUGUAACUGUAAAUAGCGAGUUUCAAUCUGUUAGCAAUGGUAACAGUACAGAAAACUGGUUUUGGGUUUUUGGUUUUUUGGGUUUUUUUUUGUUGUAUUGAUAUGAAAUGAGAUUAUAUUUUUGUCAGAGUAUAUUGUAAUAAUACUGACUUUGGACAUGGCCGAGUUGUACAGCAAUUUCUUGUUGAACCCUCCUGGCUCUCCCCGUGCACCCCUUCCCCGGCCUCGCUGCUCCCCAGCUUUCCCUGUCCCAGCCCCUGCCGGGCUCCGGGGCUUCGUCCCGGGGCUGCUUUUCCACAGGGUUCCCAACACGCCGGCGUGUCCCCCGUGGCUCCGGGGAGGUUUGAGCAGCAAGGGGAGUCUUGCCGUGGAAAUGGGGAGUCCCAGCUGCGGGGGGCUCCGGGGGUCUCCGCUCCGGGCAGCGGUCGGGGCUGUUCCAGCUCCCCUCUUCUCCCCAGCGGGGACAAAGCCCGGCCGCUCCCCGGUGUCCUCCAGCCCAGCUCCGUUCUCUGGAGCUGUUCGGAGCGAGCUUUGCUUAAGCCAGAAGAGGGUGGUGUGGCUCAGGCUGCGCCAGGAGCGGCUCCAGACAGGCUCGAAGGUUUUCCGGGAGCUCUGAGGGUUCCAUGGGAUGGGGAUGAGCGGUUGCUGCCUCCCCCCGGUCCCCCGCAUCCACCGCAGCGCUGAGCUGGGGGACACUGCUAGGGGUUUCUUGGCUUCAGAUGGGUUUUCUGAGCGGGAUUCUCGUGCUGGUGCCACUGAGAUGUAGGGACUGGGCCAGCUCCUCAUUUUCCGGAGCUGGAGGAACAUUCUCUCCCCAGGGAAAUUCUCGUCAGACCGUGCUGUGAUGUCCCCGUGGCAUCUCCAAGGCCGAGGGGUGAAGCAGCCCACCUUGGGCCGUGACUCCCCUCCUCCCCACGGCUCUUUCCAAGCAUUUGCAGGCAAAUCAGAUGCUGAAGAGGUGGGGACCAUCGUGGCCGAGCUGCUGCUCCCGCUUCUUUCCCCCACGGCCUCCGGGCAGGGUCCUCGUUCUCCCCAUCCCCUUUGCUCCCCUGGCUCCCCGUAGCUCAGUUAAGCAGGUAGGUGUUAGCAAACUCUGGGGUAUCUGCAAAAACCUUUGUAAAAUAGAAUAGACCCUUUAAACGAUGCACUAAAAGGGGAAAAAAAAAUCAUAAAUGCCCCCACCCCGUCAGCUUCUCUGUGUGAUGGUUCGUUGGAUGUCCCCGCUCAGCCCGUCUGUACCGGCACAGGCAGCUCUGCAUCCUUCCCCCAGGGUGCUGCACAGGUAGAAACAAAACAGGACGUGCACUUCCCCCGAGGAGUUUUAUUUAUUGUUUUGAGAAGCAAUUUAAAAGGGAGAAAAAAAAAAAAAAAAAAAAAAGAGAAA